CUACAGAAGAAACUGGAGAGCAGAGGAGUGCAGAGGAGGAAAGAAGCGGAGCGAGGAGAGAAGUGGAGCGACUUCCAAAUCCCAAACGCAAAGCUUGAACCCCUUGAGGAAGGGAAGGCUACGGCUAUGGAAGGAGAAGAAUCCGAGCCGAUUCCUGUUUCCCCACAACAUAUCGCAGAUGUGGAGAUGGCGACCGCCCACACCGUAUCCGAUUCAGAUGAUUCGGAUUCUAGUGACUCCGAUAACGAAGCACAGCAGACUGUUGAGCUGCAAAACUUACAAUCCCAGCUUUCCACUAAUCCCUCCAACUAUGAUACCCACAUUCGGUACAUUAAGCUUUUAAGGACAAUGGGUGAACUUGAUAAGCUAAGACAAGCAAGGGAAACUAUGAGUGCUUUGUUCCCAUUGAGCCCUGAGAUGUGGCAGGAGUGGGCUAAAGAUGAAGCUUCCCAUUCAUCAGGGCCUGUCAUUCCUGCCGUCAUUGAGAAUCUUUAUGAGAGAGGAACCUCUGAUUAUCUGUCUGUCUCUCUGUGGUGUGAUUACCUCAAUUUUGUGCGAGAACAUGAUCCAUCAGUUCGUGAUUAUUCACCUAAUGGUAUUUCAAAAGCAAGACAUUUAUUUGAGCGUGCUAUUACUGCCGCUGGCUUGCAUGUUACCCAAGGCAACAAAAUAUGGGAUGCAUACAGGGAAUUUGAGCAUUCCAUUUUCAAUGCCAUUGAUCAGACUGAUAUUCAGGCAAAGGAGAAACAGGCACAGUGCAUACGGAGAAUAUAUCAUCGUCAGUUAUCUGUCCCACUUGCUAGCUUGAAGUCAACACUCAUUGCCUACAAGGCUUGGGAGGUUGAACAGGGGAAUAUUCUUGAUGCAGAAUCUGAUGAUGUUGAUGGAAUUUCUUCUCAAGUUGCCCUAGCCUACAAGAAGGCAUUAGAGAUGUACAAUGCCCGUGCUCAUCUUGAGGAAGAGAUAGCCAGGCAGGAUUCAGUUGAAUCAGAAAAGUUUCAGCACUUCAUGAGCUACUUGAAAUUUGAACAGUCUUCUGGAGAUCCAGCUCGAGUUCAGAUUCUGUAUGAACGUGCUAUAACUGAAUUUCCUGUAUCAAGCGAUCUCUGGCUUGAUUAUACUCGCUAUGUAGAUAAAACUUUGAAGGUUGGCAGUGUUGUGAGGGAUGUUUAUUCCAGGGCCACAAGGAACUGCCCCUGGAUUGAAGAACUGUGGGUUCAAUAUUUGCUUUCCUUGGAGCGUGGUCAUGCUUCUGAGAAAGAUAUAUCUGAUGUCUAUGAAAAGUCCCUGCAAUGCACUUUUUCAACUUUUGAGGGGUACCUAGAUCUGUUCCUCACCCGUAUAGAUGGCUUAAGGCGAAGAAUUUCAUUGGCUAAAGAAGGAGAUGCCUUGAGCUUUUCUUUGAUUAAGGAAACUUUUCAGCGAGCUUCUGAGUACUUGUCACCACACAUGAAUCAUACAGAUGGUUUUUUGCAUUUAUAUUCAUAUUGGGCUCGCUUAGAGCUGAAAUUGGGAAAAGAUCUUGGUGCAGCUCGUGGUGUUUGGGAGAAUUUGCUUAAAAUCUGUUCAAUGUUCGAAGCAUGGCAAGGUUAUAUAACUAUGGAAAUUGAAUUAGGUCAAAUAAAUGAAGCUAGGUCCUUAUACAAGAGAUGCUACAGUAAAAGUUUUAGUGGGACAGGUUCAGAGGACAUAUGCCAAGCUUGGUUGCGCUUUGAGAGGGAAUUUGGUACAUUGGAUGACUUUGAUCGUGCAGUACAAAAGGUUUCCCCUCGUCUGGAACAGUUGAAAUUAUUUAGGUUACAACAGGAAUCCAUAUCUCUGACAGCAACAGCAGAUCAGAGAGAACAUAGCUUUAAGAAGACUGCUCGUGAAAAGAGGAAGUCUGGUUCCAACGCAACUGAUGAACAAUCUCCAGCUAAGCGGCAGAAAAAUGAUCCUCGAGACCCAAAGAAAUUGAAUCAGAAUAGCAACUCCCAAGAACAGAAUAAAACUGAAAUAAAUGAAGGGGAUGAGACAAAAGACAAGGUUGAUCAACCAGAAAAUGAAAAACAGAUUAAAGAUUCUAGUGCUGCAAAAAACAAAGUGUAUACAGAUCAGUGCACUGCAUUCAUAUCAAAUCUUCCCUUGAAGGCAAACGAUGAAGAUAUACAUCAAUUCUUCAGUGAUGUUGGUGGGGUCUCUUCUAUCCGUAUUUUGCAUGACAAAUUCACUGGAAAAUCAAGGGGAUUAGCAUAUGUGGACUUUAUUGAUGACGAUCACCUUGCCAGAGCUGUAGCAAAAAAUAAGCACAUGUUACUUGAGAAGAGGUUGAGCAUUGCACGGUCUAAUCCAAAGCAAAAGAAGGAAUCUAAUGCUUCUAUUGCUCCAGGGGAACAUGUGGGGUUUCGCAAACAAACUAGAGUUGAUGGGGGAUCUGCAUCUAAAGAAGAUGUCGAGAGCUCAAAAGAGGGUGGGGUAUCACACUCAGCUGGUCGUAGGCGUGGUGAGAACAUCCAGCUCAAGGGAAAGAACACGUUUGCCGUGCCAAGAAAUGUUAGGGCACUUGGUUGGACUGCUAACAAACCAAGAACAGUAGAGGAAGGAGAUGAGAAGCCAAAAUCCAACGACGAGUUCAGAAAAAUGUUUCUUAAAAAGUAAGGUUUGGUAGUAAUGUAGAAAUACUAUUUUUUUUUUUUUUCGAUAUGGAUGUAGAAAUACUAUUAGCCAAUACAAAUUGUUGUGAUGAAGAAAUAUUUGUCCUUUUGUUGUCAGUUACCUUUAUAAGCAGCAUGGCAUGGGGUAUAAUUGAAGCCUGAUUUAGUCUUCUUACUGGAGGAAUGAUGCUUGUUAUAUUUCACAGAUAGUCAGAUACACAGUCAACAAAAUUGUCCCUGACCC